UGCAAAAUGCAGCCAGGAGCAGCACAUAUCUGCAGACAGUUGGGGCAGGUCAAAGGGGUGGUGCUGUGCAAGCUGCUCGGUCACGCAAAUGUUUUUUGUUUUAUUUUUGGCCCCAUUUUGCUUGGAUUUGUGUGAAAAAUGAGCAGCAACAACGAAGCCUGCCGGACUGACGUCCUGAAGGCUGCAGCCUCACAGCCACUUGACUCUCAGAGUGAGAAAACCAGAUCCAGACAUGAACAAGAGGAAAAACUGAUCCUAGCUGCAUGGCAAAGCAUGCAGCACAGCCUGUCUAAGAAGGACUCUCCAACUCCAGGUCUUCCUCAGUCUUUCCUGGCCAAGCAGAGGCGCUCCACCCAGGCCAGGAGGGCCCGCUCCAACCUUCAUGAGCAGAGUGGGUCUCUGUAUUAGAGAAGACGGAGUGGAUGCUUGUUUUGGGUUGGCUGUUAUCUCCCCCUGCUGGUGACUUUAGGUACAGGUAGUCCCAUCAAACCAAAGAGAAAGCUGUUAAACUGCCUGUAGCUACUUGUGUCUGCAUCCGUCUUUAAUAAUAUACAGAACAUAGUCACAUGUCAAAAUCUUUUUCAGAUGUAUGCUUGCAGCUCCUAAAAAAUAAAAAAAUAAAAUAAA